AUGAAAAAGGAGGCUAGAAAUGGGUCGGGUAAAAACCGGUUGGGUUUACUCACUGCUGGUAAUAAGAAGGGAAAUAAGGGCAAUAUUAAUAACUCGGUCUCAAAAGAAACUAGGGCACAAAAUGUUGAUGUAAUUGAGAAGAGUGGAACUGGGGAGAAAGAUGGGGUAUCUGCUGAAUCUCGUUUGCUUACUGAUGCUGAGAUUGGGGUGACGAAGAAAACUGCAAUGGACUGUUCUUCUGAGGGCAUGGUUUCUGCAACACCCGCUUCUGCUACUAAUUCUCGGGGAAAUAUGGAGCAGGAGCAAUCCUUUUGGAUGACAAUGGACGAUGCAAGCAAGCCAGAGCAUCCUCUGGUCUAACUACAGGUCCAGAAGAAGCGGAGUGUAUUGCCCUAAAGGAUGCUAUUGUAUGGGCCUUGUCUCUUAAGGAAACUUCUAAUAUCUUUUUUGUGGGAGAUUGCAAGAAUGUUAUGGAGUCCCUUGGAGAUUUUAACCCCAACUUAGGAUGGAGGGCAAAGAAAAUUAUGAAUGAGUUCAGUCUUUAUUUGGUUGUUUCAAAAACUGUUUUUCUGUUUUCCUUAGGAGAGACUUUAUUGAGCCAGUUGAUACCCUUGCGAAAGGGAUUAGGAUUUCUACAGUAGUAUCUUUUUCAAGUUUGAAUAUGUCACAUGCUGAGAGUGCUAGUUUCUUUGAAACCUUAUGUCAAGGACAAUGUCCUACUUUGACUUAAGUAAAGAAAUUUUCUUUUUCUAUCAAAAAGAAAAAAAGAAAAAAAUUACACGAAAACAUUUUAUUUUGGUU